AUGCAAGUAAUGGAACAUGUUUUAUCCGGCGCCGGUGGAGAUGUCAAAUCGGAGACUGUUGUACUAACAUAUUUCUGCUGCCAUAUGAACGUUGAGGAUAAUGGGAUGUUAUGCCAGGAUAGAUCUCGUCGAGAAAGUCAUGUUGUGAUCAUAUGGCGUACCGCUGAUGUUGGACAGCAAUGGCCACCCCAUGCUAACCUUAAUUGGCCAUCAUUGACGCUUUCAAUCGACCAAAGCGAUUCCAAUCUCAACGAUAUUGUCUCAUUGCCUAGCGUUAAUGAGGAGGAAAUUAACGCCAUGAGUAAUAAUCGUAAGAAGAAACCAUUUAUCAUGGGUAAAAAAGUGAAAAAUGAUCAUCAACAAGAUCCCUCCAAGUUACAAGUUGUUGAUCCAUUCGAUUCUAGUUUACCUCUUCCAUCUUUCAAUACUUUUUAUGCUUGUUGCUUGAUAGCAUGUCUUGCCAUCGCUUGCUACAUCAAUAGCUUGCCCGGUGAAUUUGUAUUUGAUGACGUGGAAGCCAUUACUGGCAAUCAAGAUCUUUUACCCAAUACAUCCUUCUCCGCGCUAUUUCAACAUGAUUUCUGGGGUACACCAAUCGAUUCUAUUCAUAGUCAUAAAUCUUAUCGUCCAUUGACUGUCCUAUCGUUUAAAUUGAAUUCGAUGAUGAUGGGAAAAUUAAAUGCUCAAGCAUUCCAUUGGGUCAACAUUAUUUUACACGCUAUCAUUUGUAUCCAAUAUUAUUUUUUCGCACGAACGCUCUUUACCGCUUGUAUCCAUCCUUUUCCACACGGUCAGCAAAGUCAUGAUGGCCAAACGAUUUCAACGCCUUUACGUGCUCCUUUCCUAGCAGCCUUAAUAUUUACGAUUCAUCCAAUUCACACAGAAUGUGUGGCUAGUAUCGUGGGUCGAGCAGAGUUAUUAGCAGCCAUCUUUUAUUUUCUUGCUUUCUCGUCCUAUCAACGUAGCCUACAAACAGAAUUUGAUGAAGAUGGCCGUCCACAACGUGUACAAUGGAGUUAUCAAAUUUUAACGUUGAUCUUUGCAGCAAUCGCUAUGCUGUGUAAAGAGCAAGGCAUUACUAUUAUGGGAUUUUGUCUAGUUUAUGAUCUACUUAUUAAUUGCCGAUUCCAUCCUUUCCUAAUCUUUCGGUCCUCUUCCAGCUACUCUUCCAUGAACGAGAAGCAAAACUCAUGGGUUCGAUCUUUACUCUAUCGUGCACUAUUCGUUCUAUUGGGGACUAGUUCUGCUAUAUACUUUCGCUAUUUAAUUAUGAAAUCUGGACCACCCCAAUUCCGUCCCAGUGAUAAUCCAGCAUCCUUCGAAGAAUCACGAUUCAUUCGUAUGCUUAAUUACAACUAUAUCUACACCAUUCAUGCAUGGCUGUUAAUUAGCCCCAAUUGGCUAUGCUUUGACUGGUCUAUGGGUUGCAUCCCAUUAAUCAAGACUGUUUUCGACUAUCGUUGUCUAUUUCCAGUCUUAUUUUGGAUUAUCGUGGCGAUUGUAAUUUGCUCUAACUGCAGCUCUAAUAAACCAAGUUCCAGACUGAUCAAUAUAUCUCUGGCGUGUGCAAUUAUUCCAUUUAUUCCUGCGUCCAAUAUUCUAUUUCGAGUUGGUUUUGUCAUCGCUGAAAGAGUUUUGUAUCUGCCCAGCGUUGGCUACUGUAUUUUGCUAACUUACUCAUUUUGUGUCUUAAGUCGGAGAGAAGGUUUAAAUAAGGCAAUUUUGGCUGGAAUUGUUGUAUUAUUAAUCGGAUAUACAUGUAAAACUGUUAAGAGAAAUACGCAAUGGCUGAAUAGUGAAGCACUCUUUGUUUCUGCAUUGGAUAUUUGUCCACUUAAUGCCAAGGUUCAUUAUAAUAUCGGCAAAGUAUAUAGCGAUUCUGGUAAGGAACUACUGGCAGAAGAAUAUUAUCGCAAAGCAAUCAGUCUAGAGCCAAAUUAUGAACAAGCAUUGAAUAAUUUAGGAAAUUUACUAAAGGAUCGGAAAGCUUUCGAUGAAGCGGAGCAAUACCUAAAAAGAGCAGUCCAACUAAGGAAAGACUUUGCAGCUGCAUGGAUGAAUUUAGGCAUCGUUCAAUCAGAUCUUGGAAAGUUCAAGGAAGCUGAAAAUAGCCUUCGAACUGCCACCGUACAUCGGUCAUACUAUCCCGAUGCGUAUUAUAAUUUGGGAAAUUUGUAUAUAGCUACUAAUGAAUUGAGUAAAUCAGAAGCCGCUUUUAUUAAGGCCAUUUCACAAACAGAGCAUCAUAAACUAGCUUGGAAUAAUUUGGUUCUAAUGCUAUUCAACACCGGCAAUUUGGAAAGAGCUGAAAGAUAUGCCAGAAGAGGAAUCCAAGAAAAUGCAAACUUUUCAGAAAUGCACCAUUUACUAGGCAAUGUUUUAGGCAAGCAAAAGAAAUACAAGGAGGCAAUCCAUCAUUUCGAACUGGCCAUGUUGAGUCAUCCUGAUGAUCCCGCAUUAUACGCUAAUUUAGGAGUUGUUUAUCAUUUAAACCAAAACCCUACGCAGGCGGAAUUUUAUUACAAGAAAGCACUUUCAAUAGACCCAAAUUUUAAAACUGCUCGUGACAAUAUCAGCAAAUUAAAGCGUGAAAAACCCAAUGUAGGAUAA